ACACCGCCACUGUAACAGCGCAGCACUUUAUCUCACUCCACAGACCACAGUCCACUUCACUUAAACACACACACACACACACACAGUAAAGGAGAAAAAGCAGAGCAACCUUCUUCCAAUCUACGCUAAGCUACUCUCGUUUCGCUUCCGCGCUUUGUCUGAAAAAAGGGGCAAAGAAAAAAGCAGCGGAAGAAAGAAAUCAGCUCAAUUUUGCUAUCCUUCUCCCUUUUAACUAAAAAUUAUCGAAUUAAAAAUGCCAAUCAAGAGCGAAUCAGCUACUCCGCCGCCGAGGAUCGGCAAGAUCGGGCCGUACACGGUGUUCGUGACGCCUCCCGCCACGCCGAAUGCGGGGCCCAAGCGGGAAUCUCCAGCUCCGGUUCAGUACCAAGCGCCGACGCCGGUCCAGGCUACCUCGCCGCCGCCGGUGAUGGCGCCGCCCGCCCAAUUCUAUAAAGAAAAGCCUUCUUCUUUUGCUUUCUUCUGGGACGCUGUAGCCAAGGUUCAAAAUGCUCAUGCGAGUUUGGACGAGCAUGUGGCACACUGGUUUGGCUUGAAUCAGUCAAAAUAUCAGUGGGCAUUGGAUGAUUACUAUGAAAGCAGUGGAAAGGUAUCUUUCUGUGUGAGGGUUUCAUGGCUAUUAGCCUAUUACUAUAUUUUGUUUGGUUGCCAUAAUGAGAUUUGCGUUUUGUUGUUGGGUGUUUUCCCUGCAGCUAGAUGCCUCUAAAUAAGUUUAUAUUAAAUCAAUAAGGAGAAAAUUUAGAUUUUUAUUCUUGUGAAGGAUAAAAGUUUAGUUCUUGUGGAAGAAUGGGGCUAGUUUGAGUUGGAUUGGGCAAGCAGGUUAUAUUAACGAGUGAAUGACUGAAAGAUUAGAGAGAAAAACUCGACGAGUAAAAGGGUGUAGUUGUAGAACAUAAUCAUCUCCCUGUUUCUCAUUCCUGUAGAUAAUAGUCGACUUAUUGUGGAGGGAUAAACGGUUUAGUGAUGUUGCAGAAGAGAUUACAUUUGCAAGUCAUGUCUGAGUGAUGUUGCAGAAGAUACACAAUUUUCCUCUCAUUUUGUCAGACUUUAUCGCAUCAAAUCUCUUCUUGGAAUAAACGUUUAUCUUUUCCCUUUUCCAGUUCUUCCUUUCUAGUUCUGGUUGGCUUCUUUUUUUUUUUUUUGGUGGGGGGGGGGGGGGGGGGUAGGGGAUACAUUCAUUCUCUUACUGCGUUUCUCAUGGAUCUAUUAUACCUAAACACAAAGGCUAGUUCCCUUGUAUCUUAUUUAGUAAAAGAAUUUAUGGUGAGAAUAAGAAAAGGAGAUGGAAAUAAUUUUGACUCUUUUGGGCUACGACUUUGGGAUAAUAUUUGGUCUAUAUUAUCUAACUGAGAAAACUCACUUCUUAAGAAAAUGUGGAGGAUCAUAUCUGGUCCUAUCUACGGCUCGAGUAUAUGUCCCCUCGCUAACAAUCCAAAAAACUUGAGACCUCUUCUUCCUCUUUCGCUUUAUUUAUUUUUAUAUCAUCUAGGAUCCAAAUAUAAUUUCUAGGAGUAUUAGUUGUCAUUUUGGGAGAUUAGCUGGCUCUCUAGAGGCUCCUCGCCUCUGGAGGCAUAUCUUCCUGCCCUUAUUCUGUUGGCUCACUCAUAUCUCGUGUUAACACAAUAAGAAUGUUGAUGUUUCAAAGCUUCUAAUUUGAUCGAUUUGCUAUCCUCUACUAAAGGCUAGGUCGGGGGUUUCAGGGUCCAAUUAUAGUAUUCUCGUUACUCAAUUUUCCUUCAUCAACAAUGUAGUCGCAUGUACUAAGGCAUGUGCAGUACGUUUCCAUUUAAUUCAAGGAGGUAACAUAUUGGGACAUGGCAGUUAGAUUUCUUUGUGUUUUAAGACGAACUUCAACUCAAACAUCAAGCUUUAUUUGUUUUCUGUUGUAAGAGCAUUCAAAAUAUCUUAUUCUUUGUCACAUGUCAAUUGCAGAAUCAGAAUGAGGCGAAAACACUUGUUAAACCCAGCAAACAACAGAAUGUGUGAUACGCUAACGAGUAGGUAAGAUUUCCAUUAAUUUUCUCCCUCUACACGAACUCAUGGAUCUUUAGGUUCUACUAAACUUGCUCCCCCGAUCUUCGAAUUUCAUUUUUGCAGCGGACGGAUUUCAUUUUGAAAUUUGGCAAUACCAAAUUACAGAUUGGUCACAGUUUUUGUGGGGAAAUUCUUGCCAUAUGUACUACUAGUCUACAAUUUUAGCUGUUAUGCUCAUGAUCUAGCUAACCUAUCUGUGUGAUAAUAUAUUGUAGCUCUUUGUUAGUAUCUGCGGCUGAAAGCUGAAGCAAACUUUUAUAGCUUGUUUGUAUUAAUUUAUGUUGUAAAACUAAUAAUAUUUGGCAAUUUGUAAUACCAGAUGAGGUAUCAAGUGCCUGCUUUUUUGUUCA